UAUUUUCAUCUUGUACUGCAACUUGAAAAGAAGUCGAGUAAGGAUUUCCACUUUAAACUGUUAUCGAUAAAGAUAAAACAAGCAAACAUGGCUGUAAAUCGUUUCAAUUUGAAUCGCGGCACUUUGCGAUUGGUUGGAAAUUUAUUUUCCCGCUGUCAAGUACCAAUUUUUGCCCUUCAAGGUCAAUUUUCAGAUGUAACGACCAUUUGUCAGAAGAAUUUACAUCUUUCAUCUUACAACACCUCAAAAAACAAUAUGGCAGCAUUGCUGAAGAAGAAUCUCUGGGAAACCGAUCCCGAAUUAUUUGAAAUCAUUAAGAAUGAGAAGAAACGUCAAACAACUGGUUUGGAAAUGAUCGCUAGCGAAAAUUUCACUUCUCUAAGUGUUCUUCAAUGCCUUGGUUCAUGUCUUCAUAAUAAAUACAGCGAAGGUCAACCAGGCCAAAGAUAUUACGGAGGAAACGAAUAUAUAGACGAAAUUGAAAUUUUGGCUCAGAAAAGAUCAUUGGAAGCAUUCAAUUUAAAUCCCGAAGAAUGGGGUUGCAAUGUACAACCAUAUUCUGGAAGUCCAGCUAAUUUUGCAGUUUAUACAGGAUUAAUUGAACCUCAUGGUCGAAUAAUGGGUCUUGAUCUUCCUGAUGGAGGUCAUCUUACUCAUGGUUUCUUCACGGCCAACAAGAAGAUUUCGGCAACUUCAAUAUUUUUCGAAUCGAUGCCUUAUAAAGUUGACCCAGUCACUGGUUUAAUAGAUUACAAUAAACUUGCCGACGAGGCAAAACUCUUUAAACCUAAAAUCAUUAUCGCUGGCGUUUCCUGUCACAGCAGAUGUUUGGAUUAUAAACGUUUUAAAGAAAUCGCGACGGAAAACAAUUCAUAUCUAUUCAGUGAUAUGGCUCAUGUUGCUGGAUUAGUGGCAGCUCAACUUAUUCCAAGUCCAUUUGAAUAUAGUGACGUGGUUUCUACCACCACGCAUAAAACUUUAAGAGGCCCACGAGCUGGUGUUAUUUUUUAUCGAAAAGGAGUGAGAAGUAUCGGAAAGAAUGGCGAGAAAAUAAUGUACGAUUUGGAGAGUAAAAUUAAUCAGGCAGUAUUUCCAGGACUUCAAGGUGGUCCUCAUAAUCAUGCUAUCGCAGGAAUAGCUACAGCAAUGAAACAAGCUAAAACUCCCGAAUUCAAAGAAUAUCAGAAACAAAUUAUUGCAAAUUCAAAACGAUUGUGUUCGGAACUUCAAAAACGUGGUUAUAAAAUUACAACUGAUGGAACUGAAGUGCAUAUGAUUUUGGUGGAUUUAAGAUCAACUGGAAUUUCAGGUGCUAAAGGUGAAAAAAUUCUCGAAGAAAUUUCUAUAGCUUGCAAUAAAAAUACUGUACCCGGCGAUAAGAGUGCUUUGAAUCCAAGUGGAAUUCGACUCGGUACACCGGCUUUAACUACACGUGGUUUAAAAGAAGAUGACAUUGACAGUGUCGUCGAUUUUAUCGACAGAGGUUUAAAAUUGGCUAAGGAAGCAACAGCCUUAUCAGGUCCGAAACUUGUCGAUUAUGUAAAAGUUUUACAAACAAAUGACGUUAUCAAGGAAAAAAUUACAUCACUACGAUCAGAAGUAGAAAAAUUCUCAAAUCAAUUCUCUCUUCCAGGCUUCGAAGAUUACUAAAUCACUUGAAUAACACAUUGAAUACGUUUCAGUAUUCACAAUAGUAGCUUUUCAACUAAACACACAAUUGUUACAUUUUUGAACAUCUAUAUUUUAAAAAAUCAUCCUCAUAAUUUUCAUAUUGAAAAUUAGGUAGAAAAAAACAAAAUAAUUUUUCUACGAUAAAAACGAAUUGUCGAAGCAGUGAAUUUUUUUUAACUUCGCAUUUAUAUUUUUCUACUUUUACUUUAUAUAUUUUUUUGGUAAAAAUAAAUAAGAAGAACCUA